AUGACACAAGCAAUCUCCAAAAGCGAAUCCCAACAGCACCAGCAGCAACUCCAACAUCAAAGACAAGCCUCUGGAGAGAAAUGUGUGCAGGAGAGAAAUGCUAGUGCUAGUGCUUCUGUGCGUUUCCCCCUCAUAUCCAACACCAUCCUUAUCGCCGGUCUAAACCUCAACCUCUUCGGCGCCCUCUCCGGCGCCUUCUCCUCGAAAAAGACAAAAACAACACAUAACAACGCUGAUGGAUCGAGUGUGACGCAUGAGGAGAGUCAUGAUAAAGCGGGAGCAAACGCAGCAGCACGUGCAAACGGAAGUGCAUACGGAGCUGCUCAUGCGCAGGAGAGGAGCUUGAAGAGUAGUCAGCGGGGGGCUGUGCAGGAGCAAGGGCAGGGACGGGAGGUUGUGAGCAAAAAGGUUGAUCAUUUGGGGAUUGAGGGAUGA